AUGGCAGAAUUAUUCUUGGUUAAGUGCCUGAAACCAUCAACUGAAUUGGAAACAUUUGAUGAACUACGUCUUGCAGCAUUUGACAGUAAUUCUCUCAAAUUGGAUUUCGAGAAAACUGUUUGCACUUCAACGAAUGCGCGGAAACAUAUUCAAAGGAGUUACUACCAAAUGGAACUGUGGAUUCAAGCCCCAUUUAGAGAUGCUUCUCUGCUUAUGAGUGCCGAAUCUUACUGUUUCGAAAGAAUUGACAGGGAACUAGUUCCUGAGAUUGUGAUCAGUAAACGGGACAGUCUUCCUGAUCCAUGUAAAUGUGGGAAGUGUGCUAAAAAAAAAUGUAUGCCCAUGCAGGGUUGCCAGGAUAAAAUGUUGCAAGUAUUGCAAAUGCAAGUCUGGGGAAGAUUGCAAAAAUCUGAUCACGAAUAA